AACCGUAAAACCUUUGCCUCAUAACGUUGCAUACUGAUUCCCAAAAGGAGAAGGGAGUGAGAAUGGCAUCAUCAGAAGAAGAGAGAGCUGAACUGAAUGCCAGGGCUAGGCAGGGAGAAACUGUCGUCCCUGGCGGCACCGGCGGCAAGAGCCUCGAAGCCCAGGAGCACCUCGCUGAAGGGAGGAGCCGAGGAGGGCAGAGCAGGAGGGAGCAGCUGGGAACGGAAGGGUAUCAAGAAAUGGGAAGCCGCGGAGGGCGGACUAGGAAAGAGCAGCUGGGAAGAGAAGGGUAUCAGGAGAUGGGCCGAAAGGGUGGACUGAGUACCAUCGACAAGUCUGGAGGUGAACGUGCAGCUGAAGAAGGCGUUGAGAUACAUGAGUCCAAGUUCCGGACUUCUAACCGCUGAAUCCACGGUCGAGCACAAGUCUUCCUGUACUUUGUUUCUUUUGACAUCGGAGUGAUUUGUAUCCGACUCUCCAUGAGAGGGAACUAAUCAUAAAACUGUUUGCUUGUAAGUCAAGUCGUAACGAUCACUUUCA